AUGCUCCCAGUAAUUUCUAGCCAUCGCCUUUGGUGGGGUAGGCUUCAGAGGAGUAUCUGCCUGAACCAAGCAGUGCUAAACAGGCAGCACUUACAGCAUGUGCACAUCAGAGUUGGAGACCGGGCUGAACUCAGUAGGGCCUUCACACAGAGGGAUGUGGCUAUCUUCUCAGAAUUAACAGGGGAUGUCAAUCCUUUGCAUUUAGAUGAAGAUUUUGCAAAACACACCAGAUUUGGAAAGACGAUUGUACAUGGAGUUUUGAUCAAUGGACUUAUUUCAGCUCUCCUAGGUACUAAAAUGCCAGGGCCAGGCUGUGUAUUUCUUUCCCAGGAAAUUAACUUUCCAGCCCCUUUAUAUGUUGGGGAAGUUGUUACAGCUUCUGCAGAAGUGAAAAAGCUGAAGCGGUUCCUUGCUAUUAUUGCGGUGUCAUGUUUUGUACUAGAAAGUAAAAAGACUGUUAUGGAAGGCUGGGUUAAAGUUAUGGUCCCAGAAGCUCCCACAUCCUGAAAUAUGUCUUUAAAGAUGCAAGUUCAGGCAUCAGUAUUACUAUUACUGAACAGUCUCUGAGGAAAACAGGGAUUGCUGUUCUUCACCAAGGAGGGGCUGAUGGACCCAUAAACCCACAUUGGUGGAGGGGAGCUGGUAGAGGGGUGUUCCGUUGUCCACUUAUGCUUUGGCCUUAUGCAUCACACAGGCUUAAGUAUAUUUAUCAUCUGUCUAGGUUUUUAAAACUGAAAAAAUAGGGAAUUCCCUGAUGGUCCGGUGGUUAGGACUCUGGGCUUUCACUGCCAUGGGUGCGAGUUCAGUCCCUGAUCGGGGAGCUAAGAUCCCGCAAGCUGUGUGAUACAGCCAAAAAAAAAAAACCGAAGAAGGGACUUCCCUGGUGGCGUACUUGUUGAGAAUCCGCCUGCCAGUGCAGGGGACACGUGUUCAAGCCCUGGUCCGGGAGUAUUCCACAUGCCACAGAGCGGCUGGGCCUGUGCACCACAACUGCUGAGCUUGUGCUCUGGAGCCCACGAGACACAACUCCUGAGCCCGGGUACUACCAAAAAAAAAAAAAAAAAACAAAGAAAAAGUGACUAGAGGAAAUCAGAGGUGGGCUUCCUUGGUGGCACAGUGGUUAAGAAUCCACCUGCCAGUGCAGGGUUCACGGGUUCGAGCCCUGGUUCAGGAAGAUCCCACAUGCCAUGGAGCAAGUAAGUCUGUGCGCCACAACUGAGCCUGCGCUAUAGAGCCUGUGAGCCACAACUACUGAGCCUGCAUGCCACAACUACUGAAGCCCACACCUAGAGCCCGUGCUCCGCCACAAGGAAUGCCACCGCAGUGAGAAGCCCAAGCACCACAACGAAGAGUAGCCCCCGCUCUCCGCAACUAGAGAAAGCCUGCGCGCAGCAACGAAGACCCAAUGCAGCCAUAAAUAAAUUAAUUAAUUAAAAAAAAAUCAUAGGUGAUUCUAAGGUCGGACAUUGUGUCCAGGCUCCCAUGAGGUGCCAUUAAAAAAUAUAUAUAUAUUGGGAGAGUUAUCAUUUAGCUUAAUGUUCUACUUUUAGGAUUUCAAACCUGAGAAGAUUUGCGUUUGGAUAAGAGAAACCUAUCUAUAUCUGUGUAGAAUAAGUUUCUCACUGAAUUUAUAACUAGCUAGCAUUUAAUAAUUGAAGGCAGCUAUAGAAGAUAGGUCAUCUUUGAACACCUAUCUUUUACUAGUAAAUAUUCUUAGAUUCUGUUCUUCAGCAGUUUCUGGGUCAGAGUUUAUUGUAAUUUGUUACUGUUUACACCAAGAUGGUAAUUUGUUCAGUGUCACUUGCCCUUCAGAUGGUUUUCCUGUUAUCGGAGGAGGGCUUAUGUGCAGAUUUGGACUCAGUUAUAUAAGUUCUCUUGGUCUCACGUAUAAAACGGAUAAAGGGGCUUCCCUGGUGGCGCAGUGGUUGAGGGUCCGCCUGCCGAUGCAGGGGACGCGGGUUCGUCCCCCGGUCUGGGAGGGUCCCACAUGCCGCGGAGCUCCUGGGCCCGUGAGCCAUGGCCGCUGAGCCUGCGCGUCCGGAGCCUGUGGUCCGGGGCCUGUGCUCCGCAGCGGGAGAGGCCACAGCAGUGAGAGGCCCGCGUAUAGCAAAAAAAAAAAAAAAAAAAAAAAAAGGGAUAAAAACACGUACCACGUGGGAUUGUUGGAGGUGACAGAUACAAAUAGUUAAGCACAAGGUCUAGCUUAUAAACAGUAGCUACUACUAUUGCCCAUUCUCUUCUGUGAAUAAGGUUAGAGGUUUUCCUGAGUUUGGUGCUAACUGGUCAAAAGUUAGAGAACAGACCAGUCUUUCAGGAUGUCAGCCAAUCUCUUGGUAUUCUAAACUUGGAAUAGAUCUUGAAUGCAAAGCUCCUAUUUUAAUAAUCCAGAUUUUUUCUCUCUCCCUUGAAAAUACUGUGGGGUGCCCCCUUAUAUAAAUAAUAUAUGCUUUUAUUAAAAAAAUUAUAAGGUAAAAAAUUUAAGGAACACUGUGGAGGCCAAGUUCUUAAGAGUUGAGGGGUAUUAGAGAGGAAAUGUGCCUAAUGUGUUAUUACUAACGUCAUGCCCUACAUAGCCAACCCUAUUAAGACAAGAAUCUAUAGUAGAACAUACAGGUGGUCCACCUGUGCUCUGUAGCUUUAGAUGGUGGGUCAGACCACAGCUAGAUGCUUUGAUCAGGAAGGUAAGAUCAGGUUUAACUGGUUACAUCAACCAACAUUUACUGGAAAAAGAUUUUUUCUUCCUGCUGGUGGAUGAGUAACUAGAUUUUUUAUUUAUUUUUUUUACAUCAAGGGGAUCAGUUAGAUUACUAGAAGGAAUUAUUCUAGUCACUAGAGGGCAGUGAUGUGUAUAAAUAAAGUGAGUAUUUUAAACUUUAAUACUGUACCAUACUCUAGUUUGUUGGUGAGAUGAAAAUACCAAAAUCAGUGAGAAGCAAGGAUGCCAUUAUCAUGAGUUUCAAAAUGGGCAGCAUGUGUAGGUUUAGAUACACCUGAAGGAGGUGUAUUUAUAGGUGAAACAGUAUACAUGCCUAAAAUUUGAUGUGACUUUGAAAAACAAAAUGGGGAACUUGAGUCACAAAAUAGAGACUUGAAGCUAAGACUGUAUACUCCUGCAGAACUCAUUCUCUGGGACUUAGUAGCAGUCCUGAAGCAUGGGUUCAUAAGUAGAGUGUGAUGUAAUCAUUAAUACUAUAAGCUACCAUUCUUUCAAUGAUAAGCCAAUUUUCUACAUUAAUUCUAGUCCUUUAAACAGUUGUAUGAAGUUAAUGUUCCAUUUUAUAGGCAAGGAAACAGACUGAUGUGGUGUGACUUGCCCAAGGUUGUACAGGCAGUAUGCAGUAGAGCUGGGAUUCAAACAGCCCUGCCUGGCUCCAGGGCAUUUUUUCCAUCACACUGUGGGUCUUAAAAUGUUCCCAUACUGGAACACUUUCAGUUUCUAUAAUUAUAUCUUGUUAUGUGGCAGUAAAGUAUUUGGAACCACCAUUCUAUAUAAUUCUGUUUAUAUUCAGAAUGUUCUAGAUCUUAUUCCCUUGCUACAGUUGUAGUGUUUUCCUCUUUGCUGUUACUUGAUGGCUUCUACCCAUACCUAUUGCCUACACUUUUUCUAAGCUGACAUUCAGUGAUUAUUUGUCUUCAGAGCAGAAUUACUGAAAGAGUUAUUCUAAAAAUGAAAAAUCAUGUGCAAGUCAAGUAUGGUGGGGAGGGAUGUAUGUCAGGUCUGGCGGAUAGCUGAUUAGUACUCUGUAACUUAAAGUAGCUUCUCAA